AUGGCUGGUAAGCAAACGAAGACCGCGAAGCGUUCCGCCAAACAAAAUGGGAAGAGAGAAGUGACUUCAGAAGUCUUUCAGGAUACGCAAGCUAGAAACCAGUUAAUAAAUACUCCUAAGCUUCAAGAAAAGUCCAAAACGAGGAAGCCCAGCAAAGUCAAGGUAAGCAAGGAGCAGGCACGCGCGAGACUAUAUGGUUCAAAAAAUAAGACGCAGAAGACUUACUCGGAGAAGGACCUUGAUCUGCCGACCCUGAACCGAGCAAUCAUUCCAGGCGUCAAAAUCAAGCGCGGCAAGAAAGGUAAAAAGUUCGUUGGUGACCACGACUCUUUGAUGUACAAUCGGCUAAUAAGCACAAUCGGGGACAAGGAUGACGAACUCACCGAAAGCAAGCUUGAAAAGGCCAGGAGGCUCGAGGAAAUUAGAGAACUCAAGAGGCAAGAAAUUGAGAGAAAGGAAGAAGCUAAAAAAGACAAGUUGGAAGCCAAGGUGGUUGAAUUGAAGAAAAAGUCAUCAGUUGCUAGGACUGUAAGGAGGAAAAACAGACGGGUGGAAGAAGCCGAGAACACAAAAACGUCUCAAGACAAGAAGCCAAAGAAAAAGUCUGUAAGUUUCGCGUAA